UCCGAACCAGUUCCGGAAUGGGUUUCACUGGGCGUUUUCAAUGUAGAAUCGCCAAAAGAAACCAACACAGUCAAAAAUGAUAAAAAUGUUCCAACCUUUCCAUUACUUCGUGCAUUCGAGGCACUCGAGCUCGAGGUUCGCGUACACGGGAAAAUGAAAACAAGCGUCAAGUGAGCAGCUGAUCAGCCGUGGUAAGCGAGCAAACAGGAAUUGAGCGAGGGACCGAUUAGCACCCGACUGCCCCAGCAAUAAUGACUAGUACAAGUCCAAGUAACCCACAAAUUGUUCUUCUGUUCUCCGGCAAACGAAAAAGUGGUAAAGAUUUUAUAACGGAACGGUUACUUCAGAGGUUGACCCACGAACGAGCACAAAUUAUCCGUAUUUCAGAACCGAUUAAACGAAGUUGGGCUAACAAACUGGGUUUAGAUUUGCGAGAGCUACUUAGCGAUGCACCGUACAAAGAGAAAUUUCGCAAGGAGAUGAUUGAAUGGAGCGAUCAACGUCGAGCUGAGGAUUACGGAAUAUUUUGUCGAGAAGCUCUCAUUGCAGCGAACAGGGAAAUUUGUAUCGUCAGUGACGUACGAAGAAAAAGCGAUAUUAGAUACUUCAAGGAGGUGUUCGGUAGUAAAGUGAAGACUGUUCGAAUUGAGGCCAAUGAGCAAACGAGAUUAGAACGCGGGUGGCUUUUCCAGAAAGGGGUAGAUGAUGUACAGUCCGAGUGCGAUCUCGACGAUAUGGUCGACUGGGACUUGCUUACCAGCAACGACUGUGGGGCGGACGUGGAAUCGAUUUUAGACCAAAUUUGUUUGUUGCUAUAAACGUUUAGGACUAACCGUAGGUAUUUAUGUUCUAUAUGCAAUAUGUAUAAAUUGCAAGGGUAUUUUUCUCUUUCGUACCUGUUGAUAUAUUUUUAGAACUCAAAUGUGCAGAUA